AUGGGGGGAAAGAGGUGGAGAAAAGAUCGGAAGACUUCCGAGCAGGAGACGACCGACAUAGUCGAUUCCGCUCCUGCGCCUGCGCCCGCGCCCGCCGUCGACCGCAGCGCCACGGAGACUCUACUCGGCCAGCUGCGGCUGGCUCGCGGAGUCGUGGAAGAGGGCCACCAUGCAGCACCGGCAACAUCAAGCAGGACGCCGAAGGGCAGUGGCAGGGGCUAUCCCAGCACAGCCGCCACGAAGCCCCUGAAGCCCAGCGAAGCCUACUUCCCCGUGAUGUCUGCGGAGGAGCUUGCGCCGCUGCUGGUUCCGGCGUCGGCGCCCCCGGAGCGCGUGCGAGAGACCUUCGAGAGGCACGGGGUCUGCGUGGUCACCGGGGUCCUUAGCCCCCCAGAGUGUGAGCUGAUGGAGCAGCUUUGGCUGCAGGACCUCCUACAGGUCCUGGAUGAAUCCAAGAGCCCCGAUGCCGCCGUGGCCGGACAGGUGGAAGCCCUGAGGCGGGAGGGGCUCCGGGCCUGGCCCAAAGAGUGGGACGAAUUCUUCGGCCUACGCGGAAUGGUCCCAACCUACGGCCUGCCCCACGGCGGAUUUGCCUGGGCGGCGCGGCUCCACCCCGCCGUGCGCCGGGUCUUCGCGGACCUGUUCGAGACAUCUGAGCAGGAUCUGGCAGUGGGUAUCGACAACGUCUUCUGGGCAAGUGGCGAGCAGCCGGGCAGCGAGGUCAACAAGGAGUGGCUGCACGUGGAUCAGAACCACUGUACUGGGAUGACUUGGAGCUGCGCCCAGGGUGUGCUCUACAUCUGGCCUUCGGAGGGUGAGGCUUCCUCCACGACGGUGGUGUGGCCGGGCAGCCACCUGGCUCCCUACGAUCAGCUCAUGCAGGACCCCUCCGCAUACUCCCAUGGCAAGCGCCCGGCGGGGCAGAGUGUGCGGCUGAAUCAAUUGCGGGAUCCCGGCCUGCAAUCCGAGCUGAUGGCUGCCGCGAAGCAGGCGGGCACUUGCUACAAAGCAGGUCGAAAGCCCAUCGGACCUGAGUUCGCCAUCUUCCCGUGCGCUUCGUUGCUGGUGACGCUUUGGUGUGUGGAGGGGGAGAGGAUUUCCGAAAGCCAAAGAAGCCUGGAAUUGCCCGAGUUCCUCGCUAUGCUGGACUGCCGGGAUGAUGCCACCCGACGAGUAGCUGCUCUUGAGUCCUUCAACCACAGUGUCUUUGAGGGGACUGACGGGCAUGAGGCUGCAGUGAUCUUGCGCAAGGUCAUCUCGAUGCUAAACGACCCUGUUUGGAAUGUCAAGCGGGCCGCAAUCCAGUUGCUCUUGGAGCUCGGCCCACGAUUCGGCCACGAGACAGUGGCGAGGCUGAACCGAUUGCUCUUUCACCCUGAUCCUCUGAUUCAGAUGAUGAUUGCCUGUGUGCUGAAGAAUGUGAAGGGUGCCGAGGACUACUGCCAGCAAAUCUGGGGUGACCGGUCCACAGCCGAAGCUGCUUUGAGUCAUCAAGGACGACUUCUUGAGUUUCUCGAUGCAAGCUUCAAGGGUGACCGGGAGAUUGUCCUGUCGGCCGUGAAGCAGGACGGGCAAGCAUUGAAGUAUGCGGAGCCGUGCCUGUGUGACGAUGAAGGCAUCGUGCUCGCUGCAGUCGCCCAGAGCGACUCAGCGGUUCACUUUGCCGGCCAGAAGAUCAUUGAGAGACAUGCGGGUCUCCGCGCCCUGCGUGAGGGACGAGGACGCAGCUUGUGGGGCGACUACCUGAUCAUGGAGCACCUCGGCAAGGGUGCCUUCGGCGAGGUCACGAAAGCCGAGAACAUGAGCACCAACCAAGUCGUGGCCAUUAAGAAAGUCUCGUAUGACCCCAAGAUAUUUGGUGGGGACGGCGUGCCAGCCUUCGCAGUGCGGGAAGUGUCCUUGCUGCGCAGGUUCGAGCAUCCCAACGUGGUGCGGCUGCUCGAUGUGCAUGUGGGCCGUGACGACGUCCGGAUGGUCUUCGAGCUUCAUCCGGCUGACCUCCGCAUGGUCUUGAAGCAGAGUUCCGAUCGCCUGUCGAUUGAGCGAGUCAGACAAAUACUCCGCGAAUAUCUUGGAUGGUCUUUAUGCGUGCCACACCAACCAACUUCUUCACCGCGACAUUAA